CAGAGCAGAGUGGUCGAGUGCUAGCGUAGAUGGGAUGUAGGGCUCCACAGACGAAAGAUAUUUUGAUAUUAACACAACAGUUGUUUAACCGUCUAAUAACGUCUGUAUUUAACGGAUAGUUUUUAUUUAAUACCGAGCUAAACGACCGAGCAAUGCACCCACAGCCUUAAUUUUCUCAUCAGUGGUACUGUCGUAGAGCUGAUAAUGCUAAAAAUGCAGCUACCCAUGAAAAAGGCGGAGGAGGGAGACGAUACGGCCGAGGACGAGAGGGAACACCCCGAGCUUCUUUCCGAAUCGGCCUUUACAACGGCCACUGACAGACUUCAGGAAACUACUGAGGAACCAGGAUUUCCCUUUUUGACUAAAGAAGCUGUUUAUGAAUGGUUUGGCUUGCACCUGAAGCCAGCUAAGCGUAUCGAGUUUAUGUACGGAUUGCUUCAUAUGUGCCAGCCUUUAGAACUUCGCUUCUUAGGCUCCUGUCUGGAGGACCUUGCUAGGAAAGAUUUCCACGUUCUUCGAGACUUUGAAAUAAGAGCGAAUUCUCCAAGCGAUCUUGGUCUUUUGACAGAUGCAAUUGACCCAGUGACGAGAUCUAAACUACUGGUCUGUCUGUCUCUCCUGGGAUCUGAUAACAGGGAAUGUGCUGGGGUACUAUUUCGGAUACUGAGCCAUGUGGAUCCCGCCCUUCUAGUGUCUUCCUACCCAGACUCUCCGUUUGAUCCGUUUCGUGCACUGUCUGGGGAUUCAGAUGGAGAUGGCACACAGAGCCGUGGUUUCGGACCAUUUAUUGAACCACGGUCUGGAUUCUUGGAGCAGCUAGCGGUCCUUUUCACCAUGGCAUCACUUCACCCUGCCUUUCUUUUUCAUCAAAGAGACAAACUGCGAAUGCAACUUGAAAAAUUCGAGCAUGCUCUUCUUGGGGAGCAGACCAGACAUCAUUACAACCAACAUAACACCCAUACCCAGAGCAGGCCACGAACGCAAGAGUGCCUCUUUGCAAGCACAGAGGUCUGUGUGAACGAGAAGACACAAUCUCAUGACCUAACACCUCUUCAUCACAGUAGAAAAGCUGAGAGAGACGGUAAAGCUCACGCAGUCCACAUAGAGAAGAUUGUGUUGAAGGGCAUCUCAUGGGGCAAGACAGAUCGGGAAUACAGUUUUGAGGUGAAGUGGUCAGAUUUAUCAACAAGUUCAGUCACAAAAACGCAUCUUGAACUGGAGAACUUCCUGCUGAAGCUUCCAAAAGAGCACUCCACAGACACUUUUGAGAGGGGUAUAUUACGGUUACUGAACCAGGGCCAGAAGCAUGAGGGCAGAGAGGUGGAGCAAUCACUGAAAGAGAAGUUUCUGGCUGCACCACAUGCUUUCCGUCACACAGGAAAAGUUUGUGUUUUCUUCCAUUGUGGUUCCUCGUCAUCCCACAGUCUCUCCUGCAGCCUAUGUAACCAUGUCUCUUCAGGGAAGCCCUAUAAAGAGGACUGCUCUGAGGCAUCAAGUCAAGAGGAAGAUACGGAACCAUAUGUUCAGGGGCAUCGUAAGAAACCUGGCAACAAAAGUCCCAAUCUUAACAUGUGGGGUGCAGAGGGCAAAAGGAUGGAUCGUGGCUCAGACAACAACGGUCUAGCAGAGUGGAAGAAAAAGAGCUGUGCCCUGAAACCCACUUUCAGCCAGAACACAAAGCCAGUAGGUGGAGAAGGAGAGAGUCCAAGCACUAAGCCGAAGGCCAGAGCUGCCCCUUCUGAUGGUGGUGAGAAAGGAGAGAGAGGGGUUGGAGGAGUCCAUUACAUCAGCAAUGGGACAAAGUCGCUUUUAUCACCACUGGCUCAUAACUACAAGGGAAAAGACAAUGGCCCAUGUCAGAACACAUAUGGAGAGACGUCAUCUGAGAGCUACAGUUCACCAUCCAGCCCUCAGCAUGAUGGUAGAGAGAGCUUUGAGAGCGAAGACGAGAAAGGCAAAGACACAGACAGCCAUUCAGAUGACUCAAGAAAGUCUGUUGCAGACCCUGUCCUUGUCUGUCCAGUAAUAGGAGAACCUACUGAUGCCCUUCACUCACUCAUUCCACUUGAACAAAGAGGCCAGGAAAUCCACCCUGAGGGCACUCUGCAGGGCACUGCUGUGGAGUUCCACCAGCUUCCUUUUGCCCACCAUGCACCAUUCCCAAUCCCCAACGGACCUGCCGUUUUAGCAACUGGGAGCUCUCCACAGCUGCCAGAUACCAAAGUAGGCACCGAGCUAAUGAUGCCACAUCCUGGGGUCAUCCCCACCCCAUCAGUAACUUUAGAUGACCCAGAGAAAUGCUCAUCAGAGGUCCCUUCUGCCAUCCAGUCUUUCAACACCUCAGUUCUUGGCCUCCAAUCUCCUGGCAGCCCGGUUUUGCAGCCUAUUCUGCAGCGGUUUAAGACAGCUGGGGCACAGGCUGGUACAGAAAGUGGGGUGUUGGUCCCUCCACCCCACCAGUCUCCCAUGGGCGCCCUUAGUGUUGUUCCGUCUGGCACCCCUUUUCCCCCAGCCCUUCAGGCAGCCUAUGCCAGGGCAGACCAAGUCCUGAGCUCAGUUCCUCCGGCAGAGUCUCAUACCAAACCCCAAGGAUUGACUCUUCCUUCUGCCCUGCCACCUUCUUUCAGCCUAUCAGUCCCCUCCACUGGCAUGCCCCCAAUGGGGACUGUGGGCUCAAUAGGCACAGCUUCUUCCAGUCAGGUGCCAGCUCCAGUGGUGCCCACCCAUACACCUGGACCUGCCCCAAGUCCCAUCCCUGCUCUCACACAUAGCACUGCUCAGAGUGAUGCUAAUUCUUACAUAAACAGCAGUGCUAGCAACAGCAUCCCCCAGCUGCAACAGCUACCUGCUGCUCAACAGGUUCUUUGCUGCAAUGCCUGUGGAUGUCGGGGCAGUUGUGGCAGCAGUCAUGCCCCCAACUACUACUUCCCCACGCAGAUGGCUCCAAGGCAAGUCUUCAACAUACCACCCAUCUUUCAGCUGACAUCACUGUGUAGCAGCAGCUACAUCAACCAGCUCAGCCAGGCUACACAGAGCAAUGGUGCCUCCCAAGUGCCAUUUUACCCAGCUGCCCCUACUGCUUUUGCAGGGGGCACUCUACUGCACCCUCACAGCCACACACAUUCAGAUCAUGUGCUAAGUUCCCAGGCGGCCAGCUUUGGACUCCAACAGAUGACUGCAUUCAACCGCUUCUAUCAACCCAUUUACGCUACUAUGGUCCAAGGAGCUGGCAGUGGUCCAGGGAUGGCCCUUGGUGCUGUGAGUGGAGGAAUCAACAAGAAAAAUGGCAGUAUCUCUUGCUACAAUUGUGGUGGUAGUGGCCACUAUGCACAGGAUUGCAAACAGCCACCCAUUGAUGCUACACAGCAAGGUGGCUUCCGGCUGAAGUAUGCACCCCAUUCUGAAGUGCUAGACAACAACCCUGACUGAGAGUCACGAUGCUUAAAGCCUUGUUUUUUUUGUUUUUACCCCAGUACCCCUGGGGUUAUUGCAGAGGUCUUUCCACUCAUGGCUGAAGUCUUGGUGUGGUGCGGUGUACUGUACAUACACAUUAUUUGUUCUUGAAAAACACUUUGAGGUCUUUAUGAACCCAAGUAUUUGUGCCUGUAGGGUCCUCAAAUGGACAGAAUUGUGAGAAAGACAACGUGAUUCUACCAGAGUGAUCAUUCACUGCGGUAACUUGCACUGAGGACUGGCACAGGAGCAACAGCUCAUGUUUACUGAUCUAGGCUAGUUCUUGAAUUAAAGAUUGAAGAUUGUAGUGAAAGACCAUGGCUCUAUAGGGCAGGGUACAGUUCAGUUCUUUAAAGCAGUGAACGGGUAAACUCAUAGCAUCAAUGCAUAUCUCAGUGUAACCCGCUUUUAGUUAGGUGAGAAUAGGAUAGCUUUCAGAGGGGUAUUUUGUAUUGGGGUGAACAAUGCUGCAAGGGCAGUAUGAUGAUAUUAAUCAAACUAUGUCAUCAAACAGUUCUUUGUGUCAUGGAUAGAUUUGAUUUUUUUUAGGUUUGUCAAAGAAAAGCCAAUAUUGUAGCCUUUUCCCAUUAAGAAAUUACAUGUAUGCAAAUUUUGAACUCCCAAUGUAAACAAUAAUGAAUUAUAAUGAAUACUUGUAAUGAAUCCAUUUUGAAAAUAUCUUGAAUGAUUUUCCCCAAAGACCCUUUUGUUUUAACUCAGGUUCACAUUAGUUCCUGCCAUAUGCGGUGUACUGUGGGUUCUCCAAGUUAGUGGCUAUGUUAACAAGAUAUUGAAAAUAUGCCAAAACUAUGAGUACAAAGCUAUGAAUGGUCGUAUUAAAUCUUUGACCCAGGUUUUAGCCCAGUAAUCAAACUUUGAUGUGUGACAUGAACAGUUUGGAAACAAAAUGUUCUUUCAUAAUUGAGGUCUCCUCCUCCUCAUCAUUAUUAUUAUUAUUAUUAUUAUUAUUAUUAUUAAGCUGUUAAAUAUUUGCAGGAAGGGAAGGUUCAGCAAGAUUUUUUUUUCCCCUCUGCUGCAUUGUUUGAAUGUAUAUGUUGGUUUUGUCAAUGGUAUGAAAUAUUUUAGCAAUGCUAAUAUUAAAAUAACUAAUCUUUAGAGCAUUUUCCAGUUGAUAUAAUGUGAAAUGCAUAUAAGCAUCAUCUUUAUGUCCAAGGUAAAUGCUGCUGUCUUUC